AUGGCUCUCGCGCACGUUCUUCAGGAGGAAAUAGGUGUCCGUCCUAUCACCUUGAAAGAUCUUUGUGCUUCAUCAUCUGCCGACAACACGUAUCAAUUUAUCGAUGCCGAUGAGAUCGCGAUUGAAUUAAAGAAAACUUUGAUGUCGGGAAUACUUCACGAAACCGGAUGGGUGUUAGUCGACAUACCGAGAAGCAAGAAAGAAGCGCGUGCGUUGCAGCAGAUCGGUGUGAUACCAACUCACGUCAUACAAGUCGUACCACCGAAUGGCGCAAACGAGAAAAGUGAUUCUGAUCUGAUUCAUUUUAACCCCAUUUUCAUUCUCGAAGCGCGAUCAGAGUCGAUAGACAUCGAUUUUGUUAUUUUUUUUUGCUAUUUUCCAAAUGAAAUCUUGCAGAAAAUAGGCAAAUGCGAUCAAGCUUCUCAUAAAUCGCGCUCGUUGUCAGAGGAUGCGGAACAACUCGAAUAUGAGAGAACUCUUCGAGGUCUACGUGAAGCUUACGCCAAUCUUUUAAUUGAAGUACAGGCUGCUAAUAAGACAAUUCAAGAGUUAGCCAUAGAUUGCGCGGAAUUGACGAAAAUUAGGAAACAUUACGGUGCACCGUCGCUCUUUCGUGUCGUCCUUAUGGGUCCCCGAGGAUCGGGCUGUCGCUCUUUAGCCAAGCACAUAUCCGCGACAUUCAAUCUUGUACACGUCAAUUUUAAUUGCAUUCUGGAGCAAGCGUGUUUGCGAGAGUCAGUUUUAGGCGAAAUUCUGCGAUUAUACGAACACAAAUGCAGGGCGAUACCGAAGAUAAAAUCACAAAUUGUUGAGAAAUACUUGCUUGGAUCCGAGUGUCUUAAGAGAGGGUGGAUCUUGACUGGCUAUCCUAUAACUGUGGAAGACUUCAAGCUGUUAGAUAUGAUUCCUACACCGCCUAACAGAGUGCUCAUUCUUUAUGCGGAACGUGAAACGUGCAAACUGAGGCUCCUAAAUCGUCGAUACAACGUUGCUACAGGAAGUGAGCAUAAUCUCAUUUCGAGUGAUUUUUCGGCAACGGUGCCGGACUGCAAACUAGAUGUUCACCCGAGAGAUUGCGAGGAAGUCGUCGAGCGAGAUCUUCGGGAAUACGAGGAGAAUAUGGAGUCUAUAAUGAAGUAUGUGGGGAGAACAGCGACCGUAAUAAGCGCAAUGUGCGAGAGAAAACUUGUGAGGGAAAAAGUGGAAGUUUGUCUGAUGCGACCGGCACCGAUCGCGAGACCCAGGAUUCCGCAACCACCCUCUAUGACUGAUCCAAUGGACGUGGAAUUCGAUCCUGACGAUGAACCCGACCCGAGCAUCUUCGACGAUAUUCGUGCGCCGGAGCCUCAAUUUUCCUUUAUUUAGCGAUACACAUAGACAUAUUAAAGUUCAAAUUAUUCCUGUAACAGAUAUACAGGACAUUGUCUUAGAACAAUUAUUCGUAGUUUCUAAAACUUGUCGUUGAAUCAUGACAGACAGCUUAGUGGAAACGGGAGAGCUCUCCUAUCCGUAUCCCCGCCUAUGGCCGAAGGAUAAUGUUAAACGAGGGGUGCGUAGCCCUUGACGACGAGGGAGCGAGGAAGCGGGGAAAACGGGCGCGCUCCUGUAAAAUCCUGCGAUCCUGGCACACGAAGCAUCUCAUCUUCGCGACGUCACGGCGCUUAAUGUCGUAUACAAACGCCAACGAAAUUGGUUAUGAUGAUAUAACGUUACGUAACAUGACGAGAGAGAUGACGUAACGCGAUCAAGGUGCCGUCAGUUUCGUCGUCAUAGAAGAGACAGGGGCGGAUGUAACAUUCUCGUAACGCAGACACAUGUCUCGAACUAUCCCUAUGUUAUUCACACGAGUUAUUCUUACG